CCGUAUGCCGCCCCACCGCCCGCCACGAACGAAAUCUCUGCACCGAAUUCCGAUCCGAAAUGUGAAUUGCACUUUCACAAUUUGAGAUCCGUACAGAAAUGGAAAGCAGCAAAAAUUGGGAGCAAGAAAUUGACUCACAGAAAAACUAGUCACAUUGGAAUUCAGCUUCGGAAGUCGAGAGAGAGAGUAAAAAAGAAAAGAAUAUUGGAAAGGGGAGCAUAGUUGUGGGUUUUAUUAUUGCGUUUGUGGUUUGUGUUUGGUGAUGGGGAGCAGCAGUUGGAGAAGGACGUUUGGAAAUGUGAGGUCGUUCGUUGGGAAUUCCAUGGGAGGUUUGAGGGGAGGAACCAACUUGGCGUCCUGGGUCGUCGCCGGAACCCUAGCUUAUUUCCUUUGGGUCAAGCCAUCCCAAGACCUCAAACGAGAACAACAGGAAAGAGCGGCUUUGGCUGCAGCGGCUGCAGCUUCAGAUCCUUAUCGUUACGUCGAGAAACGAAAACCCAUUCCUGAUCCUCAGGAAACCGGUCUGGUGUAUGGAAACAAGAAUAGAAGUAAUAAAUCCGAAGACUAGUCUAAGGGAAGUGGUGCACUCUGUAAGUUAGCUUGCAAUCGACAGAAACUGAGAAGUGUCGACGGAUAUUGUUAAAUUUUAAGUAUGGUUUUGUAUUAUUCACUGGCAUCAAAAAUGAUUUUUUGGUCAUUAGAACUUCAAUAAAGAACAGGGAGUCCGGUUGUAGAUUUCUGCUGAUAGAUGUUUGUGUGAGACAGUUGUGUUGAUUUGGCAACUCUUUCGUCAGCGCAUUGUAAUAGCGGAUACUAGCUCAAUAUAGUUGUACACAUAGUAUAUUUUA